AUGCUCGAACAUACGGAUUCUGAUGCAUAUUACAAAGUGCAAAAAAAAUUACUAGAACUAGUAGAUAGUAAAGAUAGACCAAAUUUUGAAGAUUUAUUAGAUGCAAUAGAUGAAUGUGAUUUGUUGGUAAACUUUGAAUCUCUUCUUGAUUUUAAUGAAUCAAUCUCAGGCCAUGAUGAAUGGCACGUAUCAUAUUUAAAGUUUUUAAAUUUGCGUCUUGAUUUUUAUUAUUUCCAACAUUCAUUGGAAUUAAGGACAUAUAGAAAUUUACAUUAUGAUCCUGAUGGAGCAAAAAAAAAAGUUGCUCAAAAAAAGUUAUGUCGUGUUAUUGAUGAUAUGGAUACCUCAAUUGUUACGUUAUUUCCUAACAUUAAUAGUGUAAUAAAAAAUUUAACAAACUCUAAUACUGAAGAAUAUAUUAAUAAAUUAAGACAGGAAAUAAUAAAAAUAUGUUCAACAGAUAGAAAAAUAUUCAAUAAAGUUGUUUUUAAAAGACAUGGUGAUCCAGUUGUCCAACAAAAAGAAGAAACAGAAGAUGAGUGUGUUGCAAAAGUUAAAACAAUUUUUACCUCAUCAUGUAAUCGUGAAAAAGAAUUAAUGGAUUUUUGUUUAACAGUAAUGUUUAAAGCUGGAAGAAUUAUAGAAGAAUGUUAUGGAGAUGUAAAUGAUGUUGUUAAAAGGAUAGUAGAAAUAAAGAGAAAUUCACCUUCAAUAUGUUAUUAUAAUAAUAGUGCCUUCCCGGAUUGUGCAAUAAUGGCUGAGUCUAUAAAUGUAGAUGGAGAUAAUAGUAAACAUUUUUUUAAGAAUUCAACUUAUCAGGCAUUAAAAAAAGUUACACAAAUAUGUGAAGUUAUAUUUGCUGUACAUAAAAGAAAUUACUAUACUCAAAAACAAUUGUUAAUGGAAUUAGAAGAAAAAUCAACGUCUUUCUUUGGUAGUUUAAAAAAUGUAAAAUAA